AUGCAUCAACUCAAAUCCUGGGUGGACUCCAUCGGCCCUGACAGUGUACGCGAUCAGGCCAAACUGUCUCUUCUAGGCCUCUCCACUCAAGUGAAUCAGGCCAAGGAUGCUGCAACAAUAAUGUUCAACCAGACAUCCUGUAAUGCUGAAACCAUGACCGAGACAUUGCAAGCAUACAUUACACCAAUCGUGGAAUCCCUCUUGCACCCCAAACCAAACCAGGAAGAAGAACGUUCUCAAAAUGGCACCAUCGCAAAUGGACCCCAAACAGGAGUGACCCCAGCGAAACUGGUGGCCCUCACUCCGAACCCCUCACAAACGGGGAUCCCUCGAACGGGAAUGGCACCAUCGCAAAUGGAGCCGGCACCAUCGCAAAUGGAGCCCAAAUCGGAGCUGGCACCAUCGCAAAUGGAGCCCAAAACGGCGCUGGCACAUCUGCAAAUGCUGCUCAAAUCGGCGCUGGCACCAUCGCAAAUGGCAGCCCACCCCAACUCUCAGA